AUGAGCGAGUCACUCGACAUCGAGCUCGAGCUGCUAGCUUCCAGUUUGCUUCCCUCAGAGGCUCUCGAGGGUGCGGAGACUCCAGGUUGGGAGAGCGAGUCGCCCCAAACGUCAUCCGCGUGGCCGCGCGAGUUCGCGAUCGCCAACGCAGACUCUGGUCGACGGCUCGUCGCGUGCGUGCGCAAAGGCUACCCUGCCUUAUCUGCAGUCGACGUGCAGCUGAAGGGCGGAGACCUGGGCCGUGAUGCGGCCCACCGAUCUGAGGAGCGAAUCCAGAACCUGCUGCGGGAGCAUUGGACCGAAGAUGACGACUCCAACUCCGAGACAACAGCUGUUGCGGAGAACGCUGCCAGGAACAACGAGGGCGGUCACGCGGACGAGCCGCAUCACGCGCUCCUCACGUCUCACCACCUUCUGUCUAAGACGAAACGCAAAGACUUCAGCGCUCUCUCCUCUCAACUUUCUCUCACGGGCUUCAGCAAGGUCGGGCACCCUGGCAUCUACUAUGCGAUGGGCACUGAGAGCAACCUCAAAGAGUGGCUGAAAGAGGUAAAAUCCUGGAACUGGCUCAACCUCAGGGUGAGGGUUGGCCUUGAACCGAUACCGCUUGAGUAUGAGGAGCGGAGCACUGUCCAGGAUGAGAGUAGGGGCAAGGAGGACGGAGCUCGGGGUGGGCUUGGACGCGGCAACUGGGUCGAACUUGAAAAGAUCUCGGACGCAUUGACUUGGAUGCGGGAUCGAGGGAGGGAGGAAAUGCUCACUGAGAUAGGAAUCGGUGCCUAG